CUUUCACUCAAUCUCUCUUCUCGACCUUCCCAAUCCGAUUCAUCUUUUCUCUACAUCUCAAUCUUGCAUAUCUCUUAUCUCCCCGUCUUCCAUAAUGUCUCUUCCUCAGGUUCACCCCGAAGUUACAUGGGCCCAGCGCUCCUCGGCCACUGAGGCCGAGCGCAACUACCUUUACGUGAGCAUCAAGGCUUCCGAUGUUGCUCGCGACGCCGCUAGCCUUAGCAUCACCCCCACCAAUGUCUCUUUCUCCGGCGAGUCUAAGAAGGGCGUAAAAUACCAAGUUUCUCUCGACCUUUACGCCGAGAUCGACCCUGAGAACUCGAAGACAAACCACAGUGACCGUGAGGUCGAGCUGGUGUUGCGCAAGAAGGAGCUCAAGGAGGAAUACUGGCCCCGUCUGCUGAAGACGACUCAGAAGGUUCACUUCCUCAAGACCGACUUUGACAAGUGGGUCGACGAGGACGAGCAGGAUGAGGCCCCCGAGGAUGACUACGCCAGCGGCUUCAAUGGCAUGGAAGGAGGCAUGGACGGUGGCCUUGGCAACAUUGAUUUCUCCAAGCUUGGUGGCCUUUCCGGUCUCGGCGGCGCCGAGGCUGAUGCAGGCGAGGGCGAAGAUGAGGAUGAGGAGAUGCCGGAACUCGAGGAGGCCGGCGAUAACAAGGAUUCCAAGAUCCAGGAGGUUGCUUAAAUGCGAGAAGUUCUCGCGGGACGCGCAUUGCGACUUACGGAUGUGGAGAACGGAGGCAUAAACGAGAACACUUAUCACAAUCAGCAUCAUUGAGCCCAUCACGCUCGGUCUAUCGUAUAAUGUUUCGAUCGACUCAUAGUGUGUCUAACCGGCACAAAGUCGAACGACAGGUUUAGCUAGCUUUAUCAGCCUGCCCAGAGAGGCACAGAAGAGAAGGACAAGUUGGAAAGGAAGCGAAUAGUUUAUUAUUUUUCCUUCAUUGGUAUGAGAUGACGAAAUAGCCAACGACGC